AUGGAAAGAAGACUUUCCAAAGAUGCAAAAGGAAAAAGAAACGCAAAUAACCCUCUCAAACCACCUCGCGCAGGAUGGAUUAAAGCUCAGGCUCCUGUUAACAAUGACCGCUAUAACAAACUCUCACUCACAAUCAUCGGGAGAGUCACAAAACGUACUGCUCAAAAAGUUUGGUCGCUCAUUCCCUUCUUCACUGAGAUGUGGAAGCCCCAUGGAAGACCAAUGGGCUCAGACCUAGGGAAUGGAUGCUUUCAAUUCCAGUUUGAGAACGAAUCAGACCUAAUAGGUGUCUUCGAAAAAAGACCAUUCCAUUAUGCUAAAUGGAUGGUUAUCCUACAGAGAUGGGAACCUACUGCUGCUGCCUCCUUCCCAUCUCUCAUCCCUUUUUGGAUCAAGGUUCAAGGGAUCCUGAUUCACCUGUGGGAAGAGGACACAAUCAAGAGUCUAGGUGCUGAUAUUGAGAUUUUUGAGAAAGCGGAAAUCAAUGAUUUCUCAGUGAAAAGGCGUGUUUAG